AUGUCCUUUGCUGAGUUAAAAAACCAAGGGGUAUCAAUUACACAGGGAUUUCGAGUUGUCAAGGACAAGACCAAACUCCAACGGGAACUACUAAAAUCAUGCCACUCGGAAAUUGACCAUAGGACUAGCAAUGGUGAAUCUGGGCUUUCCAUCAAGUAUGUUAACGGUUCUCCGAAAGUGAUCUCGAAUGGGUCAAAAAACGGUGUUCACCCUCGGCGACUAACCGAUCCGAAGUCCAACGCCCAAAUCAACUAG